GCGGGGGCACACAAAGGCGCGCGGGGGCGCCCGGUCUCGCGCCUCGGGGGGAGCGAACGAUCGGGGGUCCCUGGCCCGGCGCUGGCGGGGCCUUCCCGGGGCCGCGCUCCCUGCUGAGAGCGCCUCGGGCAGGGAGAGCACCGAGCGGCUGCGACGGGGCUCGUCACAGCGCCCGGUGCUUUGCUUUAAAUAGCAAAAAGUCCCCGCUGACAGUGUCCGAGCCCCUGCUGCCGGAGAGGUGCGCGCCUUUUGUGCAUUGUGGUACUGAGUUGCUCUGACUUGCCUUUUGACUUUUCUCAUGUUCCGUGGAACAAAAGGUGCUUAUGUUAGUGUCCUGUUAUGCAGACUGUUACCUUGUGGCGAGCAAUUACCUGAUUGCCCUGAAAUACGACCCCCAGAUAGAAGAAGAUCUGCGUAACUGGAUAGAAGAGGUUACAGGACUGAGCAUUGGUGCAAACUUUCAACUGGGAUUAAAAGAUGGCAUAAUCUUAUGCGAGCUUAUAAAUAAGCUGCAGCCAGGAUCAGUGAAGAAAAUUAAUCAAUCAAAACUAAAUUGGCACCAGCUGGAGAACAUUGGGAAUUUUAUCAAAGCCAUCCAAGUCUACGGUAUGAAGCCACAUGAUAUUUUUGAAGCAAAUGAUCUUUUUGAAAAUGGAAAUAUGACUCAAGUACAGACUACUCUAGUGGCACUAGCAGGCCUGGCAAAAACUAAAGGUUUUCAUACUACAAUUGAUAUUGGUGUCAAAUACGCAGAGAAACAAGCACGAAGUUUUGAUGCAGGAAAACUAAAAGCUGGACAAAGUGUAAUUGGCCUGCAGAUGGGCACCAACAAGUGUGCCAGCCAGGCAGGCAUGACUGCUUACGGAACUAGAAGACACCUCUAUGAUCCGAAAAUGCAAACUGACAAGCCAUUUGACCAGACAACGAUUAGCCUACAGAUGGGCACUAAUAAAGGAGCCAGUCAGGCUGGUAUGCUGGCACCAGGUACCAGGAGAGACAUCUACGAUCAGAAGCACAUAUUACAACCUGUGGAUAACUCAACUAUUUCAUUACAAAUGGGUACCAACAAAGUAGCUUCACAGAAGGGAAUGAGCGUGUAUGGGCUUGGACGACAAGUGUAUGACCCCAAGUACUGUGCUGCACCAACAGAACCUGUCAUUCAUAAUGGCAGCCAAGGAACAGGAACUAACGGGUCAGAAAUCAGCGAUAGCGAUUAUCAGGCAGAAUACCCAGAUGACUAUCAUGGAGAGUACCAAGAUGACUAUCAAAGAGAUUACCAUGGUCAGUACAGUGACCAGGGCAUUGAUUAUUAGCUUUGCAUCAGAAGUUCAGUAUUAGUGCAUUAUUUUAUUCAGUAAGAACGAAACUAGCCUUGUGGAAUUGUUACCUUUCCUACACACUAUGCUUAAUGUACCUAAAGAAAUACUGCCUUACAUACAUUCCUUUUUCCUUUCUCUGCCCUUUCCCUGUCUAGUUGCCUUUAGUGCUGUAACAGUUGUAGUCUACAGCAUAAACAAUAACUGCAUAUGAAGUAAAAGGAAUACUGUGAAAGGGGGAGUGCUCUUGUACAGUCUAAUAAGGAGCUAUGCAUUUUCACAAUCUCUAAAGUAGGUAUUUACAUACCACAGUAAGCCUUCAUUUUACAUAUUUACAGCUUUUCUGUUUUCCAGAUGAGGUAAAAGAAUUUCAUGCUUACAGUUAAAUGUGGUCUUUGCCAAUUAAACCUAAGAUAUCACAUUAGUGAUUUAAAUAUCAUUACUAGGUUUCUAAGGUAUUGUUUGCUAAUGGUAAGUCCUGCAUUAGACAUAAGUAUGCAUUUGUGAUUUCUAUUCAUUCCAUUAUCAACACUGACCAAACUUAGAAAUAGUUGUCUUACUAAAAAGGGAGCUUGUACAAAGUCUUGAGCCAACAGAAGUCCCACGAUUGAUGGUGCAUUUACCUUUUAUUGUGCCAUAAUAUAUCCAUGUAGAAAUGCUUUUUCUUCCUUGAACUGUAUUUAUUGCCACACUUCUCAAACUGAUCCCAGUGUAUUUUUAUAAAUAAAUAUUUUUUCUUAAAGG